AUGGAGCUAGUAACUGAUUUGAAAGUUUAUUGUUUCAGGAUACCUGGAUCUGUGCUUGCUUCUCAUCCGCUUGUCCUUACAGCUCUCUCAAGCUUGAAUUCUGAUCCGCUCUCCGAGGCUUCUGUGAAUGUUGUUUCAGAAUUGAUACACUAUGCGGCAACACCUAGCUCUGGUGGAGCUCCUGUGCAGAUGCCCUUAAUUCAAGUAAUUGCACCUCAAGUCAUGAGUCUGAAGGCACAUCUUAAGGAUUCUUCAAAGGAUGAGGAAGAUAUCAAGGCUAUUGCUCGAUUAUUUGCUGACAUGGGUGAUUCAUAUGUUGAACUUAUUGCAACUGGUUCUGAUGAAUCAAUGCUGAUAGUCCAUGCACUCCUGGAAGUUGCUUCACACCCAGAAUAUGACAUUGCAUCGAUGACCUUUAACUUUUGGCACAGUCUUCAGGUUACCUUGACAAGAAGGGAUUCUUAUAUUUCAUUUGAUAAUGAAGCAUCCAUUGAAGCGGAGAGAAAUCGGAGGCUACAAGUUUUUCGUCCGGCCUAUGAGUCGCUUGUAUCCUUGGUAAGUCAGCUUGUAGAAGGUUUAAACUUCCAUUUUUUAUUAUAGACCUUACAGCAUAUCUAAUCUUAAGCAACAUUAGGCCCUGUUGGCAGCUUUUUAUCCUAAUAAUUUAGGAAAAAGAAUUCUGGUCCUAUUAUACAGUUAACUGGUUUGUCUGCUGAGACUUGAUGUGAAUUAAUUGCUCCGGAAUUGUACGUUUCUGGGCAUCACUUAAAAAUUGAUGCUAAGGUACGCCUCUCCCCCUCUGCCCCCAACCAAAAAAAAGAGAAAAGAUGCUACAAGAAAUUGAUAGACUAAUUCUUUAAGUUGGUAAUUAGCUAACAAAAUGCAGGUAUAGGAAAUUGGUAGAAUUCCAUUAUUACCAAUCUCUUAUUUGUAGGAAUGCA